AUGGGUUUAGGCUAUGAAAUGACACAUUUUAAUAAUAAUACAUGGUUAACUUGUAACAGCACCUUCAAGAAGAAGGCACCAAAGGCCAUUAAGGAGAUCAGGAAGUUUGCAGAGAAAGCAAUGGGGACAAAGGACGUUAGGGUAGACGUGAAAUUGAACAAGCAAAUAUGGAGCAGAGGAAUCAGAGGUCCACCAAGGAGGAUUAGGGUUCGUGUUGCACGUAAGAGAAACGACGAUGAAGACGCAAAGGAGGAGUUUUUCUCACUCGUCACCGUUGCUGAAAUCCCCGCGGAAGGACUCAGUGGUCUUGGCACUAAGGUCAUCGAAGAGGAGGAUUGA